UCCUGUUUCCGGUCAAGAAGAAACUCGCACAUGCGCUGUGCGUCUUCUCUCAAACCACGUGUCGCAGUCUGCAGUUGUUCGAUACGCACGCUGUGUUUGUCCUCCGUGAAGCUUUCGCCGAGAGGACUUGAGCUAAGCUCUAAAAUCAUGACUGAACCUGAAGUAAACCCUAAAGCUUAUCCUUUGGCUGAUGCCACUUUGACCAAAACUAUCCUGGACCUCGUUCAGCAGGCGUCCAACUACAAGCAGCUGCGUAAAGGAGCAAACGAGGCCACUAAAACACUGAACCGUGGAAUUUCUGAGUUCAUCGUUAUGGCUGCUGAUGCUGAACCGCUGGAGAUUAUUCUACACCUUCCGUUACUGUGUGAGGAUAAAAAUGUGCCUUACGUCUUUGUGAGGUCCAAGCAGGCCCUUGGACGAGCUUGUGGUGUGUCCAGACCGGUUAUUGCCACAUCAGUCACCAUUAAGGAAGGUUCACAGCUGAAACCGCAGAUCCAGUCUGUGCAGAUGGCAAUUGAGAGACUUUUGGUCUGAGCCUGUUGUGAUUAAUUUUUUUUAAAACAUCAAAAUCAGGUUAAUUUUUUGUUUAACUUCUGUAAAGCAUGUAUAGUCCUCAUGAUUAAAAUUCUUUUGAUAUGAUCAGAUUUAGGUUAGUUUUGGAGAAAAAGUAACGAUUUCUCAUAAAAACUGUUGUGAUUAGAGCAUGUUUGUUUGAUUUACUUUUCAUUUUUAAAUUGUGUUGCUCUUAAAUUUCACAUUACAUUUGCUUCUGUUUUUUGUACAAACCUAUACUGGGGACUUCAAUAUUCAAAAAUAAAUUUUAGAAAUCUG